AGAUGGAUGUAUAUUUAAGAUCUCUAAGCUCUAAGAUCUCUAAGCUCUUCAAGGGUAUCCUCUGCAGAAAAGACCCUCCUUUUAAUCUUGAACCUUUCCGCUGCAGAAUGUUUCUCUUCAAAGCUUUCAUUCUGUCUACACGUACCAAUGUUCUCCUCAAAAUCCACAAUCCUCUUUACAAAACCCUUUGUCCUUCACCAUCAAUCAUAAUCAGAAGAACCCUUAAUUACUCUUCCCAGAUACCAACCAAAACCGCACUUUCUCUGUUGUUUCGAGACACUGUUUUAACAGUAAAACCCGCCGGAACUGAAACCCAGAGCAAAGGCGAAAUCAAUGAGUCGGUGAAAGAAUUUAGGAAUUUCAAAGAAAACCCAAAAGGGAGAAAGAAAGAAACAGAGAAAUUAGAUGGGAAAAAACCCAAGAAAUUCAAGUGUUUGGUUGAGUUUGUUGGGGAUGAAAACAAAGAAGAAAAGAUGAAAAAGACGAUGAAAGUUAGGAGAAAAAGGGAAAAGGUAAGAGCUUUGAAGGGUCUUUCACAGUUAACUGAGACUUUCAUCAGGCAUUUGUAUGCAAAAGGGUAUUUUAAGGAGGCUAGUUUUGUGGAAGACAAGAAGUUGGAUUUUGGUUACUUUGAGAAUAGUUAUGGCAGGGAUUUUAUCAAGUUUGCUGCUUACAAUUUUGGUAAAGAUCAUCAAGAUAUUGCAAAAUGGUUGCCGGGAAGUCACUUGAAAAAAGUGGUGCUCUUUGGUUGCGCUUCCCUUGAUAAAAAUAAUGUCUUCGCUGCUAAGAGAUUGCGCAAGUUCUUUAAAAUUCAAGAAAACACCGUAUGCAGUCGAUGCAUGUUAAAGGAUUCAUGCGGGUAUGCUAAUAAGAGUGUAUGGGGAACCGGUACCAACAAUUUGCUCCUGGUUGAUGUAAUGAAAGUUAUCACUUUGUAUGCUUUAGAUUUAGUGCCUGCAAAACUCACCGUUCCGGAUGAGGUAAAAGAUUCAAUCAACCAAUUGUUGAAGUUGGUUAUAAAGUUAAGUCAACCCCCAUGCCAAGACUCCUAAAAUGUUUCUACAGGAUUAUAUCUCCAUAUCUGAAUAUGUACUGGCUAAAUACUCAAGGGAAAAUGAACGUCAAGAGUCAGAGUGACAUAGAUUAUCGAUACGAUUGCAAGAAAGACGAGCAUAGCUUUUUCUGGUGACAUGAAAGUUGUUCUUUACAGAGAAGCACAUGUCUAAAGAUGAAUUUCAAAGCAGAAUACCGAUGACCGAUAUCAUUCAUUCAAGCCAUUUUAAUCGAGUUUUCCUUCCUUCGGUCUGUCAAGCAUACGAUAGCAGUUCGACUGGUAAACAGUUUGUCACCUGUUAAUCAAACCCGAGAUUUUUUCGUUUUAAAUAUAUUUAUGUUGCUUAUACAUUCUUGUGAUUUAUCUGUGUAUGUUAUCUAGAAAUCAAAAUCUAGAAGAUGGAAUUCAAAAGGUGAAGCACUUGGUUUAUCCAAUGUAACAAGUUAGAAGAACAGCUUCUUCUUUUUCAUUGAUUAGUUUAUACUUUUGACUUUUGAUGGGAAGUGUUCAACUGUUUAUGAUAACUAUCGGCAAAGUCAACUUGUAGGAUUGUUCCAUGGUGACUAUGUUAAUAGUUUCAAUCUUUUGUCUGAAGUUAUCACAUAUUCAAUCAUGAAUAUAAAGAUAUAAAUUUUUAAAUAUGUAAAA